AUGAAUUCACGCGUGUGUGGUUUUUGUUGUAAAGAAAGAGGAGAUUUAAACCAAACAAAUUGGAGUCGACACAUCCAAGCAUGUAAAAAAUAUUUAAAUGAAGCAGAUCUAACCAGCAGUAUUGAAAUUGAUAAUCCUAAAAAUAUUAAACCAGAACCAGAAAUACAGAAUCCUACAGACAAAUAUGAGCAUCCAAAAGGAUCUGAUCAUACUUGCCAUGUAAACCUUGGAAGUUUGCAAGUAAAUGUUGCAAUUAAUGAACUUGACAGACAUAUUUUAUCAACUGUAACUAGCUCUUCUCACAAAACAGUUGGUGAACUUGAAUUAUCAUGUGAAAAUUCAAUUACAGGUGUUUGUAGUGAAAAUGUCUAUAAUGUCUAUAUUUCAGAAGGAAAUUAUCCUCAAGAGCACGGUCAUCGUUUUAAAACAGAAUACUACUAUAGAAUUCUACCUAGUGGUGAACGAAUCAAACGAGAAUGGUUAACCUUUAAUAUAAGAAAUAACCGUAUGUAUUGCUUAUACUGCAUGUUUUUUGGCAAAAAUAAACAAAAUGCAUGGACAAUUGAAGGCUUUCAUGCUUGGCAAAGAUUAUAUGACAUUGGUACACACGAAAAAACGGAAGCGCAUAUAAAUGCUUCAAUCAUAAUAAAAAUGAAAACUCAUUGUAUGCCAGUCCUUCCUCAAAUAUACGAAUGUAAAAGAUUACAAAUAGCAGAAAAUAGAGAAAUUGUAAACUCUCUCAUAGAAGUUACUUUGUUUCUUGGUCAACAUUCUCUGCCAUUCCGGGGUCAUCGAGAAGGUUGGGAAGAAAAGAACAAAGGUAAUUUUAAAGAUCUUACAGUACUGUUGAGUAAGUUUUCCCCAGCUCUAGCUGUGUAUAUAAGUAAAUUGCAAUCAAAAGGAAAAAGUGAAGUUAAUUUUUUAUCUUGGAGACGACAGAAUCAAAUAAUAAGUUCUGUAGCAAAAUGUAUAAAAACAUCUAUAAAUAGUGAGAUAAAAACAUCAAAAUAUUUUAGUGUUUCAAUUGAUACUACUUUUGACUAUUCGAGGCGUGAACAAUUAGCCUUUAUUAUUCGCUAUGUUUCAUUUGAAGGACCAUCUCCUGUUAUAAAAGAAAGACUGUUAUCUUUAAAAGAAUCUCCACAAGCUAAAGGAAGUCAAUUAUUUUCUUUAUUUCAAGAUAUUUGCCUUGAAAAUAAUUUAAAAUGGAAAACAAUGCUUGUGGGUCAAAGUUAUGAUGGUGCAAACAAUAUGCGAGGGCAGUAUCAAGGAUUGCAGGCUUUUAUAAAAGGAAUAAAUCCAGCUGCUAUAUAUACAUGGUGUUACGCUCAUCGGCUAAACCUUAUAGUUGUUCAAGUAACUAGCAGUUCACCUGAUUCUGUUAAUUUAUUUGGUAAUUUAGAAGAGUUGUAUAAUUUUAUUUCUUCAAGCAAAAAAAGAGUGGCAUAUUUUGAAAAUAUGCAAAAAGAAAGACAUCCAACUGUUAGGGUAAAAAGGUUAAAAAGAGUUAAUACUACGCGAUGGAUGUCAUAUUCGAUGGCUCUUCAAACAGUUUUGUCAACUUUUGAUGUUAUCUUAGAUACAUUGGAAAAUAUUAAAAUUACAGAGUUAUCAGAUUUUAAGGUAUGUUCCAAAGCUAAUGGUCUAAUUGAUUUUUUACUGACAGAAAGAUUUGUUGUAACAGCAAUUUGUUACAGUAAAUUAUUUGAAAUAUUAGACCCACCAACCAAAAUGUUACAAUCAUCUGAUAUAGAUCUAUUAGGGGCAGCAAAUUGCAUUCAAGUGACUCUAGAUAAAAUAAAAAAUAUGCGAUCAGACAAUGUGUUUAAUAAGCUCUACGACGAUGCAGUAGAUUUUGUAAACAAAUCAGAGUUUGAAUUUAUUCCUUUGUCUACUAAACGAUGUAGACGGAAAAAAAUGAUGUCGGACGAAAUUAAUGUUGAUCAUUUGAUGCCGCUAUUACUGCAAUUGAAGAAAGAUUUCAUUCAACAGGACAAAAUUUACUAA